CAUGAAGAAGUACCACAUCACCAGGAACUAGGUAAAUUCAAAACCAUAAUACAAUCUCCUACCUUAAAGGACUUUUUAAAGGGGAAGCCAAGCAUGGUAGCUCAUAUCAGAAAGAUCAUGAGUUCAAAGUAAGCUUAGGGUAAUAUUGCAAGCUUGUCUCAAUGUCAAGACAAAAGCAGGAAACAAGUGUUAGGAGACGUAUGGAAGCACUGACGCUUCAGACCUCGCUUGUGAGAACUAAAUGUGGUGUGACUGCUGUGAAAACCAGUCACAUAUUCUGACCAGUGAUUUCACUUACAUAAAAGUGGUAAGAGAUAUAAAUCUGAAUGCUUAUGGCAAUACUCAUGUCUGUGAACAUCUGAUCAUAAUCAAUUGUGGUAUAAGUGUAUAGCAGCAUUGUCAAGCUAUGAUAUCAAAGGACCUGAAAAAUGCCACAUAAAAGAAGCCAAACACUUAUGUAUUGUAUAGGUACAUCUAAGUCUAUGGACACAGAAUAUAAAUUGGUGGCUGCUAGGGGCUAGGGUAGAGCAGACUGUAACAUUGGUGUAGGGUUUAUCUCCACUGUGCCCUACAGAAAUGUCUUAAAACUUGAGGACACCACGACAGCACUGUGGACAUAUCAAAUGCCACCGAGCUAGUCACUCUAUGAUGAUCAGUGUUGUUCUACAUGGAUGUUACCUCAAAGAAUUUCAUUUAAAAAUUGAUGGAAAAGAUUGGGCAUGAUGGUGCACACGUGAAUUCCUUGUAAUCAGGAAGGAUACAGGAAGACUGAUUUAUCCUAGGACAGACUAGGCUAUAUAACAAGUUACAGACCACCCGGGGAUACCAAAAAAACAAAACAUUUUUUUAAACAAAUGAAAAGCUCGGGAAGCUGCCACCAGAAGACCUGAACUUUUAAGAAAUGUUCAGAGGAGUCAUGCAGAGAAAAAGAAAAUAAUUUAGGGCAGAAACUCAGAACUAGUCUGUUUUUCCACUUUCCAGACUGACCCAUUUGUUCAAUGGAAAGGAGUGAUUACUGGGUUACAAAAGUUAGGAUAAAAAGAAUGAGUGACAACAUGUUAUAACUCACAUAUUUUAAGAGAUGGGUAAAAGGACCAGCAAUCCUUUACCAGUACCUGCACUGGCCAGGAUAUAGGACUAUGUUACUGGACUCAAAAGAAAAUUUUAAAAAAUAUUUUGAAAAUCAAACCACUAGUCUUCAAAAUCGGAGGAUGCAGCAUAUCUCCUGGCCAACCUAUUUUAGAUAGCAAAACAUCAUGAGUUAAAUACUUGGAUAAGGUGGGGAAUUUUUAAAUGGGAUUUUUAUUUUUUAUAACUUUAUAAAGUUGGAGAGAAAUACCUCAAGACAGAAUUAGUAGGCAUUGUCCAAAGCAAUUCACAUACAGUAUCAUGUUUUAACUUCAUCACAACCCUAAGUUGUGGUAACAGAAUCCCUAUUUUCAUUGAAUUUCUUUUUGCUCAAAGUAACAGAAAACUAGACCCACAAUAGAUGAAAAGACCAAGAGCUGGGCUAGCUCCAGGGCUCAAACUACAUCACCCAUCUUGGACUGUGUCCAAAUCCCAGUUCUGCCAUUUCCUGUAUAAUCUUCUAAGGUUCACCUGGUAGCUCCACACCUUCAGGCUCUUACCCUAUGAUGCUAAUGGAGCAGAUGCAGCUGCAGUUUCGUGUCUUUUCUUGUUCCCACAUUCAGUAGGAAGAAUUAAAGGAAUUUUCCAGUGCUCCCCCCAAUAAAAACUCACUUGAGUUCCUGUGACUAGCCCAGCUAGGCCAGCCCCCCAGCCCCCAUCGUAUAAUAUCAUGAUGGUUCAUCAUAGUAUCAGAGUUUCCAACUAGUUUAGAUUGGCCACAUAUUCAGUCACAGAAUAAUGACCAGGACUACUGUUGGGGUAAUUAAUAGAUGUCCAAUGACAGGAUGCAACAAGGCCCCUUUGAAAAUAAGAAGCCCAUAACUCAGGACAAUAAAGCAACUUGUUAAAAUUCAGACAUCCAAAGAGUUAAAUGUAGGUUUAAACUCAGGUCUAGCUAAUGGCAUCCAAAAGCUUUACCCUCUUAGGCUUCAAUAAAAACCAGUCUUAGGAGAGCACAAAGGUGGGCCUACUGCUCUCCUAAAAGCAUCACUCACUGAAACAAAAGCUAAGAUUAUACUACUUCUUGAAAGCACCUGAACUAGCAUGUGAAAAUUCAUAACUAACUCAUUGUGAAUUUGACUUUUAAAACAGUUGGCCUGCUAUUAAUCUGCUUCUACAAGCUUCAAGUAGUAAGAGCCAAUCCAGAAAGUUCAUUGCCAAGAAAAAAAUCUGUAACUUUUAAGUGGAGUUUAAAAUUAUAUUGUUCCAGAGACUUAUCAUGUGUACCAGAUUUAUAAUGACUUUUGGGACUUCUUAGUGACAGAAUACCAAUCUUCCAGCUCGGUAACUUCUGUAGACUUUACUUUAUGGAGGAUCUCGCCUUCUUGUGUUUUCUUUGCACUUCCAGGUGAAUUAUGUACAAUUAAAGUACAAAAAGGCAUUCCAGGCAGGAGAAAAAUCAAUACAAUAUUUCUGCUUGGCACCAAGAAGUGAAAGACUUUUAAAGGACCCCAGGGAAUCAAGCCUGGUUCAAAGGACAGCGCGGGGAUGCAGACUUAAGAGGGGUAGGAGGCAAUGUCUCAGAGUGCAGAAGGCCAGGAGCCGCAAGGACACCUCUCUCCACCCUCACCUUCAGAGAAGCCUUGAGACCCUAGAUCUUGGAAGGAGCCACUAGAAGGGGCGAACGUGAAAAGGCCUGCAUCCCGCAACACACAACAGGCCACACGAUACCGGGAGCCAAGACACAAUCGUGACAACAGUAGGAGGGCGGAUGGCGACGCCACACAGCUCGCAAAACAGUCGAGGGGCCGUUAUCAAGUCUUUCGACUGAGGGGACAGCAGAAAGCGCACUCCAAAGAGCCGCACGGGUCAGCGCAUCCUCGGGACGCAUCACGCAGCCUGGCUGGAGGGCAGCGGAAAGGACGCCAUUCAAAAACCACACGUCCGAGGAAGAGACGGGAGAGCCCGUGCACGCCACUCCACGCGCCUAGGACGCGCGCCUCACGACGACGUAACCGCACCAGCGCCGGACGCUGACGAUACGCGAGGGGCGGAGCCAUGAUGUAAGCGCGGGCGGAGCCAGCCGCUCGCAGCAGUUGGACUACAUCUGACACGUUUCGUUAUCCUUUCAAUUGUCAGUUUGCUAAUACUAUGGGACUAUGCAGAAGAAUGGAAGUUAUCGUAACGUGAUGUUAGAGAUCGUUAAAGCCACACCACAGUGUUUCCUGAUUCCUGAUACAGCAUGCUAAGAAAUAAGGAUCGUUCAUCUAACAAAGGUAACUUAGCAGUCACUGCAGUUGCCUUACAGGACCACCUAUUACAUGAUCUUCAACUUGGACAUCUCUCGGUAGCAGAUCCUUGUAAGAUAAAAGCACGAAAGAAAGAGAAGAAGUCAAAAUCUCUCAAAAGAGAUGCAACAGCCAUCAUAGAUACUGGGCUUAGAAAAUCUACAGAGGGUCCUAACAUGGAAGAUCCAGAGAAGGAAUAUGUUCUAGACCCCACACCACCACCAUUAACUUUAGCCCAGAAACUAGGCCUCUUGCCACCUCCCCCGUUGCCACUGUCAUCAGAUGAGUGGGAGAGAGUGAAGCAGAGAUCCCUUCUACAAGGGGACUCCAUUCAGCCAUGCCCAAUAUGUAAAGAAGAAUUUGAGCUCCAUCCCCAGGUGCUGCUUUCCUGCUCACAUGUAUUCCAUAGGGCAUGCCUUCAGGCUUUUGAAAAGUUCACAAAUAAAAAAACCUGUCCCCUCUGUAGAAAGAACCAAUAUCAAACAAGAGUGAUACAUGAUGGGGCUCGCCUGUUCAGAGUAAAGUGUGCCACCAGGAUCCAAGCCUAUUGGCGAGGGUACAUCGUUAGAAAGUGGUACAGAAACCUGAGGAAAAUAAUCCCGCCUUCGGAUGCCAAAUUAAGGAGAAAGUUCUUUGAGGAAAAGUUCACAGAGAUCAGCCACCGAAUCCUGUGCUCAUACAACACCAACAUAGAUGAACUCUUCUCAGAAAUUGAUGUCUGCUUGGCGGUAAACCGUAGCAUUCUUCAGCAGCUAGAUGAAAGGUGUGGCCAGAUAAUCACCAAGGAGGACUGGGAGAAAAUCCAAGCACAGGCUGCUCACCAUGAGAUCUAUGAAUGUUCCAUCUGCCUGACUCCACUCUCCUUUCAUGGCGAUGGCCGGCAAGCAGCCAUAGGAACCAGCAGCCAGCGUCCCAGAGAGACAGUCCUCCUGUCCUGUGCACAUCUGUUCCACAAUGCCUGCCUCCUGGCUUUGGAGGAGUUUUCUUUAGGAGACAAUGCCCCUUUCCAUGUCUGUCCUCUCUGUCGCUCCUGCUACCAAAAGAAAAUUGUUGAAUGCUGAAUUCAUGUCCAGGAAGUUAAAUGUCUGACUAGAACAAGAAAGGGGUAAAGGCUAUCCUGCUUUUGGAUGAGCUGCAUGGGUUUGGGGUAGAGGACUACAUUGCUGACUGUUCUUUGUGAUUAUAUAGAGGAAAUAUAAGUUCCUAUUUAACUGUGGUCUUUAUUGCAUUAAAAACAGCAUGUUCGUUUGUUGAAUUUAGUUACUUAAAAUAAAUGAGAAGUAGUGUUAAUUAAAAUGUAGCUAGUGUCUGACCAACAGCAAGAAACUGACACACUUAUUCAAUGCAUAAGAAUCUCCCUUUUAUUUUUGUAUAAUAGAUGUGUGUUAUAGAUAAGUACUUUUAACAUGUUAACUGGAAAAAAGUGAUCUUCAGCAUCAAAACUAGGUAAAUCAAAUGCUAAUGGUGGUGUUGCAGAUUCCUAUGGUCCAUAUAAGAGAAUGAAAAUCUCAUAUAUGGACCAACGGAAAAUCCCUGAAGUUUUUGGUGCCAGUGCUACACACUAAUGCCAGGCCCCACAAGUACUCAAGUCCCUGUCGCUUAUAACCAACUAUAUCUCUUCAUACACUUUGAAAUCACCUCUGAACUAUAAUGCCUAGCAUAGUGUAAGUACUCUGUGAACAGUUGCUUUACUAUUGCUGAGGAACUAAGAACAGGAAAAAGAAAACUGUGUGUAGUAAGUACACAGACAGUAGUUUGCUAGCCCUCUAUACUCCACAUUGGAAAUAGAGAGUGCCGAUGGGGCCAAGACUGGUGCACUCAGCAGCUAAUGAGAAGCAUUGCUCAGGUGGCCCCUCCAUACUGGAACAGAUAAAAACACAUUCAACUGCAUUAGCAGUAUGCUAAUGGAGGCUGGGCCAUCUAUUCUACAGCACUCUCAAGCUCCCUGGCUCUUUCUGUCUCAAAGAUGUAAGUCUGCUUUGCCUCAGCCUUCACCAGGGAAUCUGCUUUCUUUGGAGGAAGAGCAUGUUGAGGCUAUGCUGGGAGGCAGUGCCAAUGGGAGCCAGUAUCCAGCCUGGAUGUGAAUGCAGGUAGCAAGCAAAGGUGUAUUCCAGGGUUCAGAACUGCUCUCUACACAAUGUAAGAAGUAUUUACAAUUCUUUUUUUUUAGUUUUCUUUUGUUGGUUUCAAAUGUAUGCAUUGAUAUAUAAUUUAUGGAUUAGUAUGUACAUGUUGUACUCAAAUUUUUCUUAAUGAUUAGAUUUACUGUUAUAACAUUUGGUGGCUAAUUUGGAGACUACUUAGAGGUAGAGACAGGCUACAUCUCAGAGAGCAACUUUUCCAUUCAGGAGGCUCAGCUGAGAGGACAGUGCAAACUUUUACCAUUCCAUCAUGCCUUUAGUCAGCUGUCACUUGGAAAUGAGCACUGAUUGGAGCACCUCAUGCCAGUAAGAGGGUUCAGAGGCCAUAGAAUGUGACAUCCUUCUCACUGUGGCUUCUUCCUCAGCACAAUCUUUACUGAUCUCCCCUUAACUUAGAUGUCUCAGCAUCCUUGCAAGAUUAAACCUCCUUCUCACUGCCUACUCCCACUUUUUACUUUAAUCAUACUUAGAAAACCUGCAUGCUCUAGGUUGUAGCAAUUAUGUCUUUCUCCCCACAUUGUAGACAGACAUGAGUUCUUCCACACUUAGACAUUUUUAUGGUUGCUGGUCUAUAGGACCUGACCCAUCCCUAGGCACUCUCAUUACUAACGCAUGAACUGAAUAAGACACUGCCAAAGGAGCACAUUUUCAGGGCAUUCUGGCCCAAAAGUGGUUUAUGUGAGCCAACAGUAGGUGCUCUGAGGUUUCUGCUCUCAGAGCAGUAAGAGCUUUAAAAACCCAUAACGAGCUAGGGUGGAGUCCAGCCUUAAUUAUGCUUUGUAGGAUUCUUUUUUUCCUUUCAAAGUACAUGAGACAGCCACAUCAUUUAUUAAAACUACAAUGUUACAUGACCCUCUAUUAGCUAUCCUUACCACUCAGGACAUAGAUAAUAAUUUGAAAACUGGUUAUAGGCUUUUUACUACCUUUAGUUCCUACACAAGGCUUAUUGUCUGGCCCCUGGGAACUCCUGGGCCAAGGCCGAUACCAACUUCGCAGGUCACAGCUACUGAGUUUUGUCCUCUGCAGUAUAGCUAGAACUGGACCUACUUCAAACUUUCUGAAUCCUAAAUAAGAUUAUAGGUUUGAAUAGAGAAAGAGAGUAAGCAAGGUAUUCAGGCAGUAUGGGGCAAGGAUAACACUCUAAGCUAGAUGCUAUAUUGUUAAGCUCUCAGUCCUUGCAAGAUAUAUCCAUAAAAUUGGUCUCCUUUUAGAAUCACAUUGUCUUAGACAUCUGCUUAUUGAUCUGUAUUAAGUACUGACUGCA